AUGGAUGAUAAAAAACUUCAAACAGCUCUCAAAAAAUUAAACGUCCAACCAAUUCAAGCGAUUGAAGAAGUUAACAUGUUCAAAGCUGACGGAAAUGUGAUACACUUUGCUGCGCCAAAAGUUCAUGCGGCAGUUCCGUCUAAUACUUUUGCUAUUUACGGCAAUGGCGAAGACAAAGAAUUGACGGAGCUUGUUCCUGGAAUUCUAAAUCAGCUUGGCCCAGAUUCACUAGCGUCACUCCGCAAGCUUGCUGAGAGUUACCAAUCCCUUCAAAAGCAGGAGGGAAAAAAGGAUGAUGACGAUGAUGAUGAUAUUCCAGAUCUGGUCGCAGGAGAAAAUUUCGAAGAUAAAGCUGACUAA